CCCGACCGGAGCUCAUUUGUCUCUGGAAAUGCAACGGGAUAUUGUCCGCAUUGCCGAGGAACACGAUCUCAUCGUAUUCUGCGACGAGGUUUUCUAUCCACUUUUCCGUCUCCCGGAUAGCGACCGUCCCCGAUCUUUUUCUCGAUCUGGGAUAUGGAAAGACGGUCAUCAUCGGGUCCCUCAGCAAGGCCUACAGUCUUGCAGGAACCAGGACUGGGUGGAUCGCAUCAACUAAUAAAGAGAUCCUCGAAAAAAAUGCGGCCGUGCGGCACUACACAACAGUCAGGGUCUCCCAGAUUCACGAGGCAAUUGCCACAGAGGCGCUGGCAGACCGAUGUCGU